UUUUGUUACCAUGACUUUCCAUCUUUCUUGGGUCUCUGUAAUAGUUGGUUGUAUAUCUGCUCCUUCGGUUGGAACAACCAAUAACUCAGAUUUACGCCCCCCUCUGUGGAAAGAGAUCCCAGUAGUAUCCAGUCUCUCAGAUGCAUAUCCCCCUCUGUGGAAAGAUUGUCCUGAUAAGCUUAGUGAUUACAAGAUAGAAAAUGGAAAGUACAUCAUUAAUUUCUGGCAUUACCUUGAAAGACAAGGAGCAUAUAAAAUCCUAUUGAAUGAAACAGCCAAGUAUUUUGAAAAAUUUGCACCAGAAAAUGAACAAAAUAUUUUGUGGGGAUUACCUAUACAUCAUGGGUGGCAAUAUCAUACAGGCAGAUUAGCUGACCCCACCCAAAGAACAGACUGCGGCCAUAAGUCUGGGGAUCAUCUGUGCAUCUCUGUAGACAGUUGGUGGGCCGACCUUAAUUUUUAUCUCUCUGCAAUGCCCUUCCUUGCUGCAGUUGAUUCUGGCAUAAUGGGGAUACCAUCAGACAAUGUCACAUUGCUGCCACCAUACAAGGAUCAGAUGAGUUUUUGUUUUAAUGUUUCUAGCUGUCGUUCAUCCUUUCCAGAAGCAAUGAAAAAGUGGAAUGAAUUUUACCAGCAUUUAAAAUCCAAUUCUAGUAGUUUUGAUGACCUGCUGAAGUACUUAUGGGCUGCACAUGUCUCAUCCUUGGAGGUUGCUCAUAAAAAUUUUCACAACAGGUUAAGGUAUUAUUCUAAACAAGAAGCAGAUUUUGGAAGAAAUUGGGCUUUGUUUGUGGAUUAUUUAGCUCCACCCCUCUUUCCUACAACUUUGAUUAGAACUUAUGAAUUCCAGAAAGGUCUGCCCACACGAGUGCUCCUUAGUGGGGACCGACCCCUCUUCAUCAGUGACUUUACUGGCUUUCAGAAAAGUGUCCUGCUUACUCUAAAUCUUUUGCACAUUGUGCAUAAGUAUACAGGAACACUGUCUUUCAUUGUAUGGAAAACUUUAAUGAAGUCAGAAAUUGCAAGAGAACUGUUUCUAGAGAUUUUGGAAUUCAUCCUUCACUAUUUUAAUUAAGUACUUCUGGAAAUCUGUAAUAAAACAAAAAUCUAUGAGAAUAGUUCCUUGAGAAAAAGUGUUCUCAACAAUUAGUCUUGCAUAUUUGCAUAAUUUUGUCUUG